GUUCGGGAAUUUGAGAGAGAGACACGAUGUCGAGCUCCAGUAAUUCUUGCAGUCAAACGGGUCCCUGAAUUCAAGGUCUGCCAGUUGUUCGCAACGACACAGCAUCGAGCAACUUCCAAGCAGCAUCUCUUCAAGACAAGGCAGGCAUCUCAGAGCACCUGCUCAGACACAUUGGAUUUGAAUAGUGGCAGUCAUUUCCAAGUUAUUGUCAUUUUUGAACCCAUCCGAAUCGUCGACCAUUUAAUGGAAGCGAGUAAACGGUCCAAUCGGAGCGACCCGCCGCGUGCCGCUGCAGGUGGUGUUGAGAGCAUUACAAAAUGUAUCAUGAUUCAACAUUCGUGUUGUGCACCACAUUCUGAAUUUUUCCGUACGUGUCAAAGCUAACAACCGUGGGGCAAAAUCGUAGCUGGAGGAUCAAGUCGUCGAACCUACCCACGAGAGAAAGACAACGGACGGUGCGAUAAACAUCAUGUCAACAUAUCUCAACACUCGAUCGAGGUUGCUAAGCCUCCCAGCCGAGCUCAGAAACCGCAUCUACGAAUUUGUGCUUCGAAGGACCGACGACAUGCGUGUCGACGAAAAACUGGACAUGAUAGGAGUAUCAGCAAGGUUCUUAGCAAUCACGGAGACCUGUCGACAGAUCUACACUGAGACCCACCUACUGCCGUUUAUCUUGAAUACUUUCAUCAUAGACUUCAGCUUGAUUCGCUGGCUGCGUGCUUUGGAUGUUGAUCAGCGGGAGGCGAUCGCUUCGAUUGAGAUCUCACACACCCUCACCAUGUCGCUAAGCCACCCGGGUGGAACGUGGCACACUCUACCCGGACGCCAGAAUGGGGGUUACGUGGGCAUGUUGCUGGAAGUCUUGCCGGGAUUGAAACACCUGAACCUGGCCGUCGAGAUCACGCUACUCACACCGCUGGGCGACGAUGGGAAACGCAUGGAUGUAAAACCAGACCAGCGCCGAAUCGAGCAGACCCUGGAGCCGUUUCGAGCUACUUUCCAUGGGAGAACAAACGGGGUGCUGAUCACCACCACGGCGGAAACGCUUCCACCAUGUGCCCUUGCUGCUUGUUUCCCACCACGUCGGUAAGGAAGAAUUUCAGACAAUAGACCUGGGAGGCGCAGCUCCCAAUGCUCCUAUUCACCUUCAGAUUUGUGCACGUGUGCUGUUGAUCUGGCUUGGUACGCGGCAA